CCCCAAAAUAGCCGCCGGCCCGCCGCCCACCCUGGGAGGCUGGGACUCAACUCAACGCCCCCGAUCGCCUCCGUCUCCCAAUCCCGAGCCGCCCGUGCGCCCGUCCGCCGCGGCCACCACCCGCUCCGCCCGCCCCUCCUCGUCACCAGCGGCGGCACCACCCCUCUGCUCCGCCACCGCGUUCACGCGCUCCCGUCGCUGUCGGCCCCGCUCCCCUAUUUAUAUCCCCACCCCCAUCCCACCUCCACGCUUUCCUUAGGCAGGCGCGCAUCCAGCUCCUGCCCUCCUUUUCCUCUCCUCUCCUCCCGAAUAAAAUUUCCUGGACCCGGGGCGCGCUCUCCUCGCUCCCAAAGGAAGGAAACCUAUCUAUCAUUCCGGCGGCCGAUCCAUCUAUCCUUCCGGCCAGGGAGAGCAAGGAAUAAUCAAUCAAUCGGCCAGUGGGUCAGUCGGAGGAGGAGGAGGAGGAGGAGAGCCGGAGUCCGUCGUCCAGCGCCGCGCGCGGGUUGAUCCUUUGCGUCUCCCCGGCCCUGCUCCGCGGCGACGCCUUUUGCGGUGCUUGCGUUGCGUCGAGGAAGCGAGCAGAAUCUGCGACGAGAAGGAGGAGCACGAGAGGCAUCCAUCGGGUCGCGCGGGCGUCCGUCGCACGGCAAGACGGCGGCGUUGAAGAUGCGGGUGCUGGAGGAGGACCUCUUCCCCUCCACCCCAGGCAAGGUGAAGAUCGAGCGGGCGGGCGCCAUGAACCGGCAGCUCCACCGCUGCUUCGCGUCCACCAGCACCAUGUUCCUGUGGGCGCUGUUCCUCGUCGCCAUGACGGCGUCCUACCUCAGCUUCCAGUCCUUCGUCGACACCUCCUCCAAGUACUUCGCCGCCUCAUGGGGCGGCCUGCACUGGGAGCGGCAGAUCCGCGCGUCCGCCGCGCCCAGGCGGCCACCGGGUUCCGCCGCCGGGGCCGGGAUGUCGGUGCUGGUGACCGGCGCCGCGGGCUUCGUCGGCACCCACUGCUCCCUCGCGCUCCGCAAGCGUGGCGACGGCGUCGUCGGCGUCGACAACUUCAACGCCUACUACGACCCCUCGCUCAAGAAGGCGCGCAAGGCGCUGCUCGCCUCCCACGGGGUGUUCGUCGUCGAGGGCGACAUCAACGACGGCCGCCUACUCGCCAAGCUCUUCGACGUCGUGCCCUUCACCCACGUGCUCCACCUCGCCGCGCAGGCCGGCGUGCGCUACGCCAUGGAGAACCCGGCGUCGUACGUGCACUCCAACAUCGCCGGCCUCGUCACGCUCCUCGAGGCCUGCAAGGACGCCGACCCGCAGCCGGCCAUCGUCUGGGCCUCGUCGUCCUCAGUCUACGGCCUCAACGACAAGGUCCCUUUCUCGGAGCGCGACCGCACCGAUCAGCCGGCCUCGCUCUACGCGGCCACCAAGAAGGCCGGCGAGGAGAUCACGCACACGUACAACCACAUCUACGGCCUCUCCAUCACCGGCCUCCGCUUCUUCACCGUGUACGGGCCCUGGGGCCGCCCCGACAUGGCCUACUUCUCCUUCACCCGCAACAUCCUGCAGGGGAAACCCAUCACGGUGUACCGCGGCAAGGACCACGUCGACCUGGCCCGCGACUUCACCUACAUCGACGACAUUGUCAAGGGCUGCCUCGGCUCCCUGGACACGGCCGGCAAGAGCACCGGCACGGGGGGCAAGAAGCGUGGGCCGGCGCCCUACAGGAUCUUCAACCUCGGCAACACCUCGCCCGUCACGGUGCCCAACCUGGUGUCCAUCCUGGAGAAGCACCUCCGCGUCAAGGCCAAGAAGCACGUGGUCGAGAUGCCCGGCAAUGGCGACGUGCCCUUCACCCACGCCAACAUCUCACUCGCCAGGGAGCAGCUCGGGUACAAGCCCUCCACUAACCUCGACGUCGGCCUCAAGAAGUUCGUCAAGUGGUACCUGUCCUACUACGGCUACACCAGGGGAUCCAAGAACUCGCGACAAUGAUCCGUGCUAAUUCUUUCUUUCUUCUUCUUUUCCCACUUUGGCCCGGCCGCGGUCACCACUCCUGGAUCAAACAUUGACAUUCUUAUCUGGAUUUUCUUUUUGGUGGAAUUAGGGUGUUCCUUGUUGAGGAGAGAAACACCGGGGGGAAAAAAAUUCUUUGCAUGGUGAGGAGAGGGGAGGAGGAAGAAAGCUAAUGGGGAGCAGUAUUUUCUUUUCUCUGUUUUUUCCUCCCUCCACCAUCUUCUCUUCUUUGUGUAAAUUGGUCGCUCUCCAUUAAUCCUUUUCGGGACUCCGAUGUGCUGACCCUAAUCAAACUGUGGUAAUCCAGUUCAAAUUGAAUUUCAAA